AUGGCCUCAAUGCUCCGCACCUACGCUGAGCUCCGGCACGUCACCGCCAUCCCCGCCGGCAUCCCGGCUUCAAAGGCCAUCCACCUGCUCCAUGAUCACGAAUUCUUCCUCAGCUGUGAUCCACAUAUGAUCAAGUUUGAGGCCAUGCCUACGCCGUCGGACCCUGAACCCACGGUCCCCGACGAGCGCGAAAUCGACCCCAUCGCACCCGCUAAGAUCUACUCCGUGACAGACAGGGUGCACACUCUGCCUGCUGGGCUCUGGGACUCCGAUGUCGUCAGCACAUGCGAGUAUUUUGACCUGGAGGACGGUCUGUUUGUCAGGUUACAGAGUCCCAUGAGCGUGGUCAUGGAGACAGUGUGGCAGAUAAAGGAGGCAGAGGACGGCAGCUGUGAAUUGGUUGAGGACAUUGUUAUCAAAUGCUCAAGGUUUUUGAUCGGAGUCGUUAAAAGCGCUUGCGAGUCAGGAUGGAAAGGUGUUCAUGGUAAGAUUAUCGAGAAACUGAAGGGGCCAUGA